UUAACAGUCUACUAAAGUUCUAUAGCUAAUUCUUUAUUAGAGUGCUGUUUGCCUAAUCGUAGUUCUACUCGUAUAAUUAUCACCCGAUCAAGUUAGGACUUCUUUAAAGAUAUGACAAGUACGUUCUCGAUCGAUUGCAUUUGAAGUUACAGGGCCACCUGUCCGUGUGCGGUCACGGCCUCACGGCUCACUGCAAAACUGGACCGUGAUCAAAGGAUUGUGGCGGAGUCCCCGAAAGAAUUGAAGGUUGUCCUAUCGUCAAUUUUAAGUGUCAUCUUCUGGAACAUGAUUUCUGGCUCUUCGGUGUCACACACCCCUAUAUGAAUAUAGCACUGAAAGACAUAUUACGAAAUUUAAAAAAAUCCAAAAUUAUGGGAUAUGAAACAUGGGUGCCUGUUAUACACCCAUGUUUAGUUCUGUGGGGAAUGGGUGUCCAUGGUAAUGUCAGUAAAAAAGAGAAAAAAUUGUAUGUAUAGAAGAGAAAAACUAGAUGUAACAUAUGCUGGACUGUAAUUCCUGCGCUACGGAUACCACGGGCACCCAUUCCCCACAAAAAUGAGCACAUGUGUACAAUGGGCACGGUGGUUUCAUAUCCCAGAAUUUCAGAUUUUUUAAAUUCCUGAUAUAUUUAAUGCUAUUGUCAUAUAGGGGUGCAUGGCAUCCGGGUGCUCCAAUACAUUUCCCGUCAUCUUAUCCCUUAUAUGACCUGCAUGUUUCCGUUCUUUUAAAGGGAAAACAAUAGGUAGUUCUUUUUAAACUAUAGGUUGUUGAUUGGUCUAAGACAAUACUAUAAAAAUGUAUCCCUGCAAACGGUAAGGAAGUACAAUUAUAAGGAGAACCAACAGAAACUAAAUAUGACGUUACAGAAUUUGCAACAAGCCUUCCAACUUUAAUUGUUUGAUCAUGUCACAAUUACUAUAGCCGUAGAGCGGAGUCUUUGGACCCGCCCCCAUCUGAUCCCUAAAUCUUCAAAUCUAUCCCCAUCUGAUCGCAAAAUCUCGAUGUUCAAAUUUGAUACAUUGCUCGUUGUUGUUCUGAAUGGUAGUCUAUUUCCAGAAGGAAUCUUGUAUUUUAUCAUACUCAAUCAUAUCGGACUGCCAUCUACGGAACUUAGAUAUAUGUGAAACUUAGAUAAGUUGCAAAGAUGACAACCUCCAACAUGCACAUAUCUCAAUGUAGUUGGAGUGCAGCUAGGAUCUUGGCUAUAUCUAACCCAGUUUUCCAAAUUGCAUUUCUUACAAUUGGUAUGGUAUUUUACGUUACAGAUUAGUUCUCACAACUUUGAUAGCAAAAUGAAAUUGCAAGUGUACUUGUAGGUUCUAUAAAGAAGUGAGUAUGUAUUGUGACCUAUAUAUCGAAUAAUUUAUGGCAAUAAUGUUAGACCAAAUACAAUACAUUUUUUCCAAGAGGGGGUUAAAAACAACUGCCUUUGUAUCAUGUUGAUGCACAUAGCAGAAAAAACCAUACCUUACAACUCAACGGAGUUUCACCAUGCUAAGCCGACAAGGGGACUAAGUGGGCAACUAGGAUAAAACAUUAACCUACAUAUCUUCAUCCUAGUUAUAUUUUUUUCAACUUACAAUUGAUUUUUUAUGUAUCAAUUCAAAUACUUUGCAAUUACCCGGGUUCAAAUUCAUUAUAAUCACAUAGUGCGUGAGAAGGCUGGGAAGUGGUUUGGUUUUACUGUCCCAAGUUGGUUUUACUGUUCUCAAAAAAAAAGUUGGAGAGUUACUUAAUGGCUCCAUUCAAUAGUUUUAUAUUGUACUCCUUAGGCCCAAAAAAGACGAGGUUCCGAACAUUAACAUGGCCGUUUGAACAUAAUGUUUACCAUUAGUUUGUAGUCGCUCUAUCCCAUAAUAUAAUGCGCAUUGAUUUUCAUGAAAGUCAAGCUUCGGAAAUUUGGACCAAGUUUAAGAGGAAAUUGUCUAUACCUGCAAUAUCAAAUAUAUACUAUAUGAAAAUACAUUUCAUGAUGAAUCUAAUAGUAUUGAUUUCAUAUUCUUGAUGGUGAUAAAAAAAUUACAUUUUUGUCAAAAUUUAUGAAGUUUGAUUUUUAAAAAUCUAAUACGCAUUAUAUUUUGGGAUGAAAGAAGUAUUUGGUAUAGUUAUAAAACUUGUGUUCAAAUAAAAGUUAUCUUAUAGAAGCAUUUUGGGGACAAAUUUCAUAAUACUUUCAUACAUUGAAUCAAAAUAGUAUACUCCCUCCGUUCAUAAAUAUAAAAUGUUCUAACUUUUUUCUGGAUAAGAUAUAUCUAAACAUGUUUUAGUAUAUUUGUUCACUCAUUUCAGUUCGUAUGUAGUCUAUAUUGAAAUAUUCAAAACAUAGUAUAUUUGUGAACAGAGGAGUAGAGUUUUUUGGGUGGUAAUCAUUUAAGUUGGGCCAAAAACAUGUCAAAACACCAAGUUUUUUUCGACGAUAGGGAAUGUAGCACUAGUGGGUGUUUGGUUGGGCAGAAACUUUGUCUGAGAGGCUAGUAUGCGGUGUGAGUGUUGUGUUUUUAUCCAAAGCAAAAGAACUACAACGUCAACUCCAAAGAAUAUAAUGUUACACCAUGUAAGAUGCGGUGCUUAAUGCUGGACAACAUCGUUACAUGUGCACACUUCAGAAUUUACACAGGAUGGCAUAUAAUUUGCCUAGACACACUAAGAGCAAGUAAAAUAGCAAACUUAUAGCCAACUUACAUGGUCAUUUUGUCUAUGUGGAGGAGAUAGACAUGCAAAAGUGAGGGAAGCGCGCUCUCAUGCUAGUCUAACUAUAUACGCGCUCCUAGGCAGAUACAACAAAUAUGAAGAAAGCGAUAGUGAGAAUAUGAGAAAACAUACUACUUUUGUAGUCAACUUUUUAGCUAACCUUAUUGUGUGAGUGACUAUAAGUGAUGACUAUAUAUGACAUGGCAAUGUCAUAUAGUCAGCAGUUGACUGCACCAUUAACCAUGCUCUAAGGCGUAUAGCUUAGCGUCAUGGCGAGACCGGACAUGAUCCAUUUGAGAUCAGGUUUGUAGUUAUGUAGGAUUACGCGAUGCACAGUGGCACUCCACUCUAAUAAGUUGCAUACCAUUGCGACCAGUUGGACGAUUGGCGCGGCCUCCAUCUUCUCCAUAGGACCGAGGCUGUUCGAGGGUCUCGUCGGACCCGGCGCCGAUGCACCUCUGCUUGAUCGGCUGUAACCUCCCCGGGGUCCUUAGGAGACCUUGGGAUGAUGGGGCUAGCCGGUGAGUUAAUGUCGACACGGCCUGCCUCCUUAGCGAUGAAUGUGAAGGAGCCAAAGGUUAGGCUCUCUCCCGGCGGAAGGCCGUCGGAAGCAGAAAAUAUUCGAUCCAAGAUCGGUCUCCAGCCAGCACCGCCCAUGCCUGGCGCGCUAACUAGUGCAAAAUAGCGCCAGUUUCCUCGGUAUGGGUCCAAGCGCAGCUGGAAGCCCUGAAUCGGAGGUCACGCCAGGGGUUUAUCCAGGUUCGGGCCUCCGAAGAGUAAUACCCUAUGUUCUGCUGGAUUUUAUUAUUCAUGGUGGAGGGAUACCUCGUGCGAGGGGUUACAAUGGUGUAUGAGAUUGCUACCGAGAGUUUUCUACCUGUGGAUAGAUGAUGAGGAGGACCCUAGGCCUCCCUUUAUCUAGACAUGAGAGAUCUAAGGUUUACAUGGCGGCAGAUGCGAUCUGGGGCACUGCCGCCCUCUAAUAUUGGAGGCCACGAAGGUCUUCGUCGCCUUCUAGGGUUUGCUCCUUGUAAUGGGCCUAGUGGGCCCCUUAUAGUUCAUGAGGCCGGGCUCCGUGGUGCUUAGCCACCCCCGAUACAGGACCCCAUCAGUUGCCAUCACUCAAAAGUGGGAUGGUCGCAGAGGAUCCACCAGCGACGGUGGCAGCUAAGCGCCUCCUCCUUGCCUUUGACAUGGUCGUGAGGAGGGGAAGUGGUGGGAGAAAAUUUGGUGUCGUGCUCGCUCGAGGCACUCGCAAGAGCGCAAAAACGGUGAGAGAAAGGAAAAGCAGCCAAAAUGGGGCAAAACUAAUCCUCUCCCACGGUGUGCCUUUAAAUAAGCGAGCGGAGGUGAAACGGUUGGCCUUGAAAUCUCACUAGUAAUGGGAUUUAAAACCCACUAUUGUCAAAUCAUCCACCACAUGGAAUCAAAUCCCGCGUUGUCAUAGGAGUAACCGCCCGAACCAUGCGCGGUAAUUGAGGCAACGUCAUUACUUCGUGGUUUCACCCACAUGCCACGUACAGCCGACUACUACGACUACAGUCCAUCAUGUGCACGUUUUGCAUGGGACCCAAGGUGAUCACACCUCGGUAUAGUGGCACGCGGCGUAACCACUCGAUGAUCCGCACUUAAUGCGCGCAGCCGAUGGGACAUUACGGUCAAAUAUUCCGUUUGACGACUGUCACCCUUCGCGUUGCCUAUGGUUCGAGUUUGACUAAAGCUUGACCAUGUUAGGUGUCACAUCAUGCAGUGGGCGAACCAAGAGAGGGGUACCAAGUACCUCACCAAGCAGUUCUAGGUUUGCACUUGGUGCUCUACCAGACUCGUUCAUACUCGGACAUUCAUUUUCGUUGAGAAAAAAGAGCCAAUGACUACCUCUCACAAGUCAUAGCUCACUCGAGACGCCAAGCAUUAUACGGAUUCGGCAACCCCUGUGGCACUAGUUGGUCCCCUAACCAAAUGCCCAAGUCCGAUGGCUAAGUUCUGAAGAUGUGGAUCGGCGCACCUCUUCGGGUUCACAAACUGGCAAUGACCCACUAGGAUAAGACCAUGUGUUCUUCGACAUCACUCGAAAUCCAUGAUAUGCUCUCUGACGAGCCACAAGCCAGGCUCCCCGCUAAGCAUGUAGGGUAUUAAUGAGUGUGAUACUUAAAAUUGCUUUUAGGUAACCUUUUCGAUACGCUUCGAGUCCAUCAAGGCCUCGACUCAGUCGGCCAAAUGACUAUCACAGUUAGUUCCCACCAAAAACUUUCCUCAUCCAAGGAGUCGGCGCCAUCCCAGAGAUCUUGAAGGACUCGGGGUUCACUGGCGACGGGAUCCCCCAGGGUAGGCCCAUGACCAGGAUUCGACCCAGCUGGCUCAAACGCCCUGAGUUUUUGCGAGGAGAUUCACUCGGCUGGCCCGAUAUCGAUCAACCCAGUUGACAUAACAACCAAAUCCCAAUCGUAAGAGAAGCACGACGUCCAUCAGACUGACUCAGAUGUGGUCACUCAAGACACCCAUUGUAUGUGAAGAAUCCAGGUACGAGAAUUCGCAUGGUGUAGGUUUGAUAGAUUGUCUACACAAAAAUCUCAAACCAUGAAUAUUGCCUCAAAAACCCCACGACAUUGGUGACAUGGACAAUUUUACCUAUCAGCUACAACGACAUGACCUCGCAAAAAAAAAAACUACAACGACAUGAACCUUUGAAUGAUACUCCUAUACAUCCAACAAAAAAAAAAGAAUGAUACUCCUAUACACUUUUUAACCGUAGUUAUUGUUUACCCUGGCAGAAGUUUGUCGGAUUUCAACCUUUGAAUGAUGUUCCUAUAGGUCUGUCUCCGGCUCCCUAUUUUCUCCCACCUACCACCUUAAUUAUCUUCCACAGCUUGAUCCCGUUCCUUCCUCUCAUCCCCAUAUAUUCCUCCGUCACCGAUCAAUCUCCUGUAAACCCGCAGUUGCACUAGCGCGGUGCGACUGCCAAGAGCCCACGACUGGCACCACCCACCUUUUCAUCGUCUCUCCUAUCCCGAGCACUUCGCCAUUUGUAGCAGCAAGACACCAUCAGAAAGGCAAGUUGGUGAAGCUUGCACAGAUACAGUGUCCGUGCGGUGCGGACAUAGGAAACAGGAGAUGGUCUUCCACGCCAUUCUCCCCAAGAUAGCCGUCCACUGGCUCAUCAACUUGUACCGCGCGGCCAGGAAGCUCCGCAGCAAUGCCUUCCAGUACUGUCGUGACUCCACCAGCAGCACCAAGCCAUCCACCGAAGCCAUCUCCAGCUCCGAGCGCACCAUGCCGUCCGCUGCUGAUAGGACGGUGGUGUGCGACUUCCACGGCGGGCUCCUGAGGUCCACCGGCAUCUUCCCCUACUUCAUGCUCGUCGCCUUCGAGGGCGGCAGCCUGCUCCGGGCGCUGGUGCUGCUCUGCUUCUUCCCCCUUGUAUGGAUACUCGGCGAGCGCUCCGACGCCGGCGUCCGGGUCAUGACGUUCGUCACCUUCGUCGGGCUCAGGCCACGGGACACUGACCUCGUGGCCCGCGCCAUCCUGCCAAAGUUCUACAUGGAGAGGCUCCACGCGCAGGUGUACGACCACCUGUGGCUGCCGGCGAAGAGGAAGGUGGCGUUGACGAGCACUCCGAGGGUAAUGGCGGAGUGCUUCCUCAAAGAGUACAUGGCCGCCAACGUGGUUGCCGGGUGCGAACUCCAGAUGGUUGAGGUAGGGCGCGUGUGGUACUUCACCGGGCUGCUGUGCGGGACAGGGCCAGGCCCGGGCUUGAGGCAGAAGACGCUGAGGGAGGCGUUCGAAGCGGACGGCAACAUGGCCGACGUUGGCGUCGUCCGGGGCUCCAACCCACUCGACCAACUCUGUGCCCCCUACUGCAAGGAGCUUUACGUCGUCAGCUGGGAGAGUGCCAAGACCGCCCGUCUGCCGCGCGAGAGGUACCCGAAGCCGCUCAUCUUCCACGACGGACGUCUCGCCUUUCUGCCCACCGCCCCCGCCAUGCUCGCCUUCUUCCUAUUUUUGCCGCUCGGUUUUAUACUCUCCGUCAUCCGCAUCUCCAUUGGCAUCGUCCUGCCAUACAACAUCAGCUUUGCAGCCAGCGCGUUGGCUGGAGUCUGCUUCCGCACCUCCGGCCGCCGCGUCCAGGAGGCCGGCGCCAAGCGCAGGGGCGUCCUGUUUGUGUGCACGCACCGGACACUGGUGGACCCGAUCAUGCUAACCGCCGCGCUGCAGAAGCCCGUGCCAGCCGUGACGUACAGCCUCAGCCGGCUCUCCGAGAUCAUCGCCCCCAUCAAGACCGUGCGGCUGACGCGCGACCGCGACCACGACGCCGCCAUGAUGUCGCGGCUGCUGGAGCAGGGAGACCUCGCGGUCUGCCCCGAGGGCACCACCUGCCGCGAGCCCUACCUGCUGCGGUUCAGCCCGCUGUUCGCCGAGCUGGCCGACGACAUGGAGCCCGUGGCGCUGGACGCGCAGGUGACGUCGCUGUAUGGCACGACGGCCAGCGGCCACAAGUGGCUCGACCCCUUGGCGUUCUUCGCCAACCCGGUGCCUGCGUACCGGGUGGAGUUCCUGGGCCCCGUGCCACGGGAUCAGACGCGCGCAGGGGGGAGGACCAGCGCCGAGGUAGCCAACUGGGUCCAGCGGCGGCUCGGCGAGGCGCUUGGGUUCGAAUGCACCGGGCUUAGUCGCCGUGACAAGUACAUCAUGCUCGCCGGGAACGACGGUGUGGUCCGCAAGUAGAGGACUCGCGCAGCAGCUGAGCGUGUUCUGAAGAUACACGCGUCCUGCAAAUCAAAAUUCGCCAAAUAUUAGUUACUCCUAUGUAAUGUAAUCCGUUCGAGGAGUAGUGGAUCUAUUGAGUUUUCUCUUACUUCGUGUGUUGACAAAAACUGGUUUGCUGCCAGAGUCGAUAAAUAAACCACUGUAAUGAAAUCUAAUCAAACUACGACGCCUUGUUGUUAAGGGCAUUUCUAA